AUGGGUCGCAGAUCGAUUAACACCACCAAAAGUGGGAAAUAUAUGAAUCCCACAGAUCAAGCUCGUAAAGAGGCCCGUAAAAGGGAACUUAAAAAAAAUAAAAAGCAGAGAAUUGCUGUCCGCCAUGCCGUCCUAAAAUCGAAGGAUGCCCUUCAGUUACUCGAAGAGGCAUCCAUCUUGUCCGGUCCCCCACCAGGUCUCGUUACUUUUGGCCGUAAACCCCCCGGUCCACCGCCUCUUCCAGUUCCCGACUUGUCUGACAGUGAGUCCGAAGACGCCGAUGGAGUUGGCGAUCCAAUGAAGCAGCGAAGAAUUCGUUUUGCUGAUAUUGGGAAUGAAGUCCAAGCACCUGGAUUUGCGUCCGGUACGUCCCAUUUUCCUAAACUAUCCGACACUGUAAGUGUUCCAACUUCACAAAUACCCCUGCCUCCCGCUGGUGCUGGCCUGCCCGGAUUCCCAGGGCUGAUCCGUCCGGAGUAUCCAGGAGCGCCUGGCAACCAAAUUCGCAUGGUCAUGCACAACCCCGGCGGAGCUGUACUCUCAGCACCACCAACUCUCAACCCCCACCCCGACGCUCCGACUGCUGACCACGGAGCCGGUGGAACGACAAUCGAGGCGAAGCCUCAGUUGAAGAAUCUAAUCGGUGACGCCACUCGCUUCGUCCCCACUUCACUCAAAGUACGCCGCACAGUGAAGGACGCACAAGGUCGGCUAAUUAAAAUCGGCGGCGGGGUCAGUUCCACCGGUAACCGUCCUCGGGGUCCAAUGACUGCUGCUCAACGAAUAGGAAGUAUUCCUGGCGGUGCCUUGGGCGUUUCCGGAUCAGGGACGACUUCGAAAAAUACCGCAACGAGCAAGGAUGCUGCCUACGAGGAAUUUAUGCGAGAAAUGGAGGGAUUGUUGUAUCGAAUAGUAAAAGCAGUCAUGGAAGAAGCUGGUCGCUGGCAAUUAAUAAAUGCGACUCUCAACGGCGACGGGCAUCGCUUGCGUUCUCUACUUUCGAAGAAACCCUCAAUCGACCUUUUCCACGCGUGCCAACUUUUUCACUUGGCGGCGGCAUGUGGCAGUACAGAAAACCUUAAGACCCUCCUCGCAUUUAUCCCAUCACUCAAUGUAAACUGCAAAGACGAGGUAAGGCAUGUGUUUGUGUGUCCCAAGGCAAACGUCGCCGUCUUAAAAGCAUUAAAAACACCGAAUGUCGCAUUGUUUUCGUGGACUCCCAGACCCAGCCUCCACUCCCCAUUUCAGACCGGCUGUACGGCACUUCACAAGGCGGCAUCGGCUGGUCAUCGAGAGAUCAUUCAUUUCCUGAUUUACCACGGCGCCCAGGUUGACGUGCAGGAAUAUCUGCAUGGAAAUUCGCCCCUUCACGAGGCAGCUUCAAAGGGCUUUUCUCGCUCUGUGGAGGCACUGUGUCUUUCUAGAGCUUCACCAAAUCUCCAAAAUAAGGUUGGUAGAGCCAUGUUUCACAGACGCCACUUAAUGAUCCUAGGAUUUAUGCAUUAUGGUUCGACACCGCUGCACAUUGCUGCACAGAAUGGUCACAAACAGUGCACUCGCAUUCUGAUCUUUACCGGUGCUGAUAUCGGAGCUCCUAAUAAGAACGGUGACACCUGCCUGCACAUUGCGACUCGUUACGGGAGAGCAGGCGUUGUCCGAAUACUCCUUACCGCCAAGGCCAACGUAAUGGCCACUAAUAGGAACCUCGACACCGUUCUUCAUGUUGCCGCGGAGCUGAAACGCACCAAAAUUGCUCGAAGUCUGAUUGAGGCGAUUUCCAACGGCGCCACACCAGUCUCAAGCACCUUGUCCAUUCCUGGAGGCAUCUUGCGGAAAAGAAAUUCGCUACCGGCAUGUGUACCCCCCUCACCGGCCCAGUCCGCCUUGUGGAUUCGCAACGCUCAAGGGGAAAAGCCUGUUGAUGUGGCAAGGAGGAAAGGCAACAACGACCUCGUCACCUUCUUUGUCACUCGGAUGAAUGAGAUAGGACAGUCCGCUCAUUACGAAAACCAUGCUGUUAAAUCACUACCUUAUACCGACAGCAAUCGUCCAAGGGCUGAAACGCCCAAGCUCCACAUGUCCAGUGAUCUGAUUUACCUCCCCAUGCACAAAGGUGCUGGAUUCAAACUUUCCUCUAAGCCACAAGUUGGCACGUGCCGACAACGGGAGAUUAGUUUAAGGUCCGAUCUCUCCGACCAAAUGACCCAGUCAUUCACCACUCUAUCCACUUCUGAGGGACCUGCUUUUUCUACCGGGAUCUUGAAAACGAAAAUGCGUUCCCUUAGGGGCCCCCUUUGUGGUGGCCUCUUCAAAAGAGAAAAUCAGGCAACCUUUUCACUGGAUGAUUCCUUCCACAAGAGCCUUGUAAGUGAUCGACUCCGUCAAAAUCCCCUUCCUCAGGACAGUGACAGCACCUCGGCCGACGUCAGCAGUAUCCACCUGCCCGUGGAUCCAUUCACGAGCGCCAACAACAUCAAUGGUAACAAUGCUGCGAGACCGGCUAUUCACCAUUAUGCUCGUGCGGGGCACGCCGUCUCUGUUCAGCGUAGUCAGCCACUCCCUCUUUUAGGGCAAAAUUCUGCCCCAAGACGGCUGGGCGUCCGGUUUGACUUGGACGGUGAGAAGGCCGAGCAAACCACCUCCUCGCCUAGGCAUCACCUGGCAACGCAACUCUACCGUGACUUGGCUGGCAAUCUCAAAAAGGGCCCCGUGAGUUCUCCAUCCGCCUGCAACUGUGUACAGCGUCAGGCAGAAUAUUUGGCAGGCAAGGUGUCCCAUUUUGUGCCCUGUUCUGUUCAUGCCUACCUCGAUUUUCGGGCUUCCGAGGCAAAUCCGUUACCCCCGAACCAACCGGUAGCAAGGAAGCACUCAGAAAGAGUCAAUCCCCCAUCCAAGGUGCUUACGCGUUCCCGUUCAGAUGAGUCCCUGUCUGUCAAUGCGAAGAAAGCUGGUGCUAAGCCCGCCGCCCCCAAUGACUCGGUUCCAGUUCAGGUCGAGAAAAAACCCAACAACACACCACUUUCCGACGUUUGCAUGGGAAGUCCCAGCACUAGACCGAUCUCCGUAAACUACGAGGAUGCUUCAGGAUGGUUCCGAGGUGAAAAAUUAAAUCAAGCGCCAUUGCAACACACGAAAGCCAAAGACGAAUCUGAUCUUCCACAGAAGGUAUCAAAAUCGAAGAGCUACAGUGAACAGCUGACUGUUGCAGAAGCAACUCCAAGUGCAGCCCUUACCAAUGGUUGCAGCACAACCACAAUGGGACGCCAAACAGUGGCGAGUCCACUCUACAUGUCCUGUCACAACAUUGACGGAAAGAUGGGACUUUCUGUGGGGUGCGGCCCUCAAGCCAUACUCUCUGCUCCAUAG